AUGAUAGAGGCUGGAGCGCUAAUCCCAAGGAGUAGGAGUCCAACGUCUUUGACCACAGAGUCGUGCCAGCGUAGCUAUGGAAAAGAAUCCACUGAGACCACACUCUUGGCAAGCAGCCACGAGAGUAGGAGAGAUUCGCCGAGUUUAAGGGUCGUCAAUUCAUUCUUGCAGCCUCCACCGCCACAACUAUCCAUAAUGGCCUGUUUUGAAAUAGGAAAGAACUCAGGGGAUGAAUCAUGGAGGUGUGAUGCAUGGAGGAGCUGCCUUUAAAAAAUUAUAGCAGUACAACGACUGCAGGAUUAGAAAUGUACCUGCAGCAAAGAAAUACACAUAACCGGAAGAUGCGAGAGGAAAGCCUCAGGCAGUG